GCGCGCGCAGGAAGCGCCGCGGGAAGCAGGCAGCGAGGCCGCCGCCGCCGCUGCCGCCGCUGCCGCCACCGCCACGCUGAGGAGAAGGGGGGUUGGGAGGGCUCGGAGCCCGGCCGCCGCCCGCUCCUCCUGCCGCGGGGAGCGCGGGAGGCACCUGCCGGCGCCGGCGGGGCGAGCGCGGCGUCCUCCCACCUGCGCCGUGAGCGGCGGCGGCCGGCGAGGCCCGGCGCAGCGGCAGCCUCGGCGGGGCUGGCUCGGCGGCGGCGAUGAUGCCGAUGAUAUUAACUGUGUUUCUGAGCAACAAUGAGCAGAUUUUGACAGAAGUUCCAAUUACACCAGAAACAACCUGUCGUGAUGUAGUAGAGUUCUGCAAAGAGCCUGGAGAAGGAAGCUGCCAUCUAGCUGAAGUAUGGCGUGGAAAUGAACGUCCCAUACCCUUUGAUCACAUGAUGUAUGACCACCUACAGAAAUGGGGUCCCCGCAGGGAAGAGGUAAAAUUCUUUCUUCGUCAUGAGGAGUCACCAGCUGAAAGCAAUGAACAGAGUGGUCGUCAAGCCCAGAAUCAAAGAAAUGGAAUAAAUCUACCUGUGGAGAAACGUACAGAGAAUGGGGUUGGGAAUCCUCGCGUUGAGCUCACUCUUUCUGAACUUCAAGAUAUGGCUGCCCGACAACAGCAGCAGAUUGAGAAUCAACAGCAAAUGUUGGUUGCUAAGGAACAACGUUUACGUUAUCUGAAGCAGCAAGAACGCCGCCAGCAGCAGUCUAUUUCUGAGAGUGAAAAGCUUCAAAAACUUAAAGAACGAGUUGAAACCCAGGAGACAAAGCUGAAAAAAAUUCGUGCCAUGAGAGGACAAGUGGAUUAUAGCAAGAUCAUGAAUGGCAAUCUGUCAACUGAAAUUGAGCAUAUCAGUGCCAUGUUCCAGGAAAAGCAGCAGGAACUACAGGCUGCAGUGUUAAAAGUGGAUCAACUCACGCAGCAACUGGAGGACUUAAGGAAAGGAAAACUGAAUGGAUUUCAGUCUUACAAUGGACAGGUGACAGGACCUGCAGCAGUAGAACUGAAAAAAUUGUAUCAAGAGCUACAGAUUCGUAACAGGCUUAACCAGGAGCAGAACUCAAAGCUUCAGCAGCAGAAAGAACUAUUAAACAAACGUAACAUGGAGGUGGCUAUGAUGGACAAGCGAAUCAAUGAGCUGCGAGAACGACUGUACAAGAAAAAAGUUGAGGCACGUCAAAAAGAAAACAUUCCUUUGAACCGUAUUAAUGGAACUUCAUCGCCCCAGUCAUCUUUGAGUGCUUCAGGAAGGGUUGCGGCAGUGGGACCUUAUAUCCAAGUUCCAAGUGCUGGCACUUACACUGUACCAGUAGAUCCAGUUAAACCACAGUCUCUCACCAUUGCAUCUGGCUCAACACAUGGAAGAUCAAAAUCUGAGACAGACUGUGGGUGUGUGAAAAAAUCUCCAGACACCUGGAAGGUUUCUGAUUUAGACAUAAUAGUGGAUCCUAUUCUGUCACCUUCCACCUCUCUUCAGUCUGCUGUUCACAAUGUCAUCCGCCUGGCACCUACUGUCUUUGACACCCAACACUCGAAUGAUGGAAAUUGGCCAAUACUUAAACAAAGUUCAACUCCUGUGGUAAAGCCCCCUCAGAUCUCCAACACAGACUGGAAGGAAUCAAGCAUGGAUACUGCUUUAAAACAAGGAACUAUAUCCAGCCAGCCUUUGCCAACUUCAGUGUUAGGAAGUACUGAUAAGCUGGGUCUUGAUCUGGGGAAAGUGCCACCAACAAUUCCUGGUGUGAGCAAGCAGUUGCCUCAAAACUAUGGGACCUAUCCAAGUCCAGUUCCCUUAGGAACAGGUUCUACAAAUUCUCUAGAAAGAAGAAAGGACGGCAGUCUACCCAGACCUGGCACCACUAUAACAAAUCGACAAAGACCUGUUCCGCUACCGCCAGCUAGCAAUGUACAUCAGCCCAGUUCCUCACAACAGAUUCAACAGAGAAUUUCUGUACCUCCCAGCCCUACAUAUCAGCCUUCCGGUCCCCCCUUGUUUCCGGGAGGAGAUGGCAGGCCAGAACUGCCUUUGACUGUGGCUAUCAGACCUUUUCUAGCUGAUAAAGGAUCAAGACCUCAGUCUCCCAGAAAAGGACCACAGACAGUGAACUCCAGUUCCAUCUACUCAAUGUAUCUUCAGCAAGCAACACCACCAAAGAAUUACCAACAAGCUGUAUACAAUACAUUAAAUAAGUCAGUAAAAGCAGUUUAUGGAAAACCUGUUUUACAGUCUGGUUCAACUUCUCCCUCACCAUUGCCAUUUCUUCAUGGUUCUUUGCCUGCGCAGACUUCGCAGCCCCAGACUGAGGUCUCUGAGAAAGAUCAAGAGCUGGAAAACGUUCCACCAUCCAGUGAAAACAGUAAUGUGGAAAACAUUCCUCGUCCACUCAGUCCUACUAAGCUUACACCUAUCGUACAUUCACCCCUACGAUAUCAAAGUGAUGCUGAUCUUGAAGCUCUGAGAAGAAAAUUGGCCAAUGCUCCUAGGCCAUUAAAGAAACGUAGCUCUAUCACUGAACCGGAAGGCCCAAGCGGACCAAAUAUACAAAAACUACUGUAUCAGCGCUUUAAUACUCUUGCUGGAGGAAUAGAAAGUGCUCCUUUUUACCAGCCAAGCAACCCACAGGACUUUAUAGGCAUCUUAGCAGACGUUGAUAAUGGUAACACUAGUACCAAUGGCAAUAUUGAAGAACCCAUUUCUGUGCCACCUACAGUCCCUCUUCCUGAUGAGCCACCACCUUCAUCAGAUGCCAAUGAUAAUGAAUUACCUUCUCCUGCUACUGAGGAACUCAUAAGCACUGAAACCACAAAUCAAACAUCAGAGACAACUGAAGAUAACAACAACAAUCCUGCCAUAGUUCCUGCUGUUGAACCGUCAUCCACGCCCACACCUGAGGUCAGCUCUCCAGUAGAGGAAGAAGCUCCUUUACCACCAGCUGUUCCUCCUCCACUUCCUGCAACCAAACGUACCAACCUGAAGAAGCCUAACUCAGAAAGAACUGGCCAUGGCUUGAGGGUGAAGUUUAAUCCAUUAGCCCUCCUCCUAGAUGCUUCUUUGGAGGGAGAAUUUGAUCUAGUGCAAAGAAUCAUAUAUGAGGUUGAUGAUCCCAGUAAACCCAAUGAUGAAGGAAUUACACCUUUGCAUAAUGCAGUAUGUGCUGGUCAUCACCACAUUGUGAAAUUCCUGCUUGAUUUUGGUGUAAAUGUAAAUGCAGCAGAUAGUGAUGGGUGGACACCUUUGCAUUGUGCUGCUUCUUGCAAUAGUGUUCAUCUCUGUAAACUACUUGUUGAAUCCGGGGCAGCAAUUUUUGCUUCAACUAUAAGUGAUAUAGAAACUGCUGCAGACAAGUGUGAAGAGAUGGAAGAAGGUUAUAUUCAGUGUUCUCAGUUCUUGUAUGGAGUGCAGGAGAAGUUGGGAGUUAUGAAUAAGGGAGUAGUGUAUGCUCUGUGGGAUUAUGAAGCCCAGAAUAACGACGAGUUGUCAUUCCAUGAAGGUGAUGCCAUUACUAUUCUGCGACGCAAGGAUGACAAUGAAACAGAGUGGUGGUGGGCCCGGCUCAAUGAUAAAGAAGGCUACGUGCCUAAAAAUCUGCUUGGCUUAUAUCCACGAAUAAAACCUAGACAGCGAACCCUUGCUUGAAUUCAGUUGUACAAGAGUGCAAUACCUUGCUGGUAACUGGAAACUUAAAACAUACACUGGAGCCAUCGUUUUCAAUCAUUUCACCUGGAGAAAUAAAACUAUGGUAUUUAGUUUUAAUGGUGCUUUCUCUUGUUAAAUGGACAGCAUUCAAGAUUUUCCAAGAUCUGCAGUUUGUAAAUGAGGAUUGUUUUAUGUGACCCACCACUGAAUGAAGAGAGCGAUACCGCCAGUACCUACAGUGUUCCUCCAAAUAUAGUCUAAAGCAGCGUAUUAAGUCCAAGUUCUGUGGUAGGAGCUUUCUUGUGUUAAAUGUUCAGAGGUGUCAUUUGCAAAGUGCAGAUAUGCUGUCCAGUCUGCUCCGAUCCCACAGUAACUGUCCCACGUCAGAGUUUUGGAUAUUUUCAUGCAAGUGAAUGUUGAGUUCUCUCAUUAACUCUUUGGGUUCUAGAACACAAGAUUUUCACCUGCUAAGUGCAUAAGUAGUCAUCAAAGCUUUAAGAGGGCUAGGAUUUUAAGUGUUAACUUACUAUAUACACUUAAAUCCUAGUCUAGACAACCCCAACUAAAGCUUUAUGUAGUCUAGCAUCUAGUAUUAUUUGCAUUUAGAGACAAACUAGAGAACUAACAAAACAACAGUAUUUGUACACUUUUCAGAAUCCCUACACAAUAAUUCACUUGGUGUUUUAUUUUCUUGUUAUUCAACUUACAGCACCAGUGUUACCUCUACUAAUGUAAAGGUUGCCCUACUAACCACCCGAGUUUGUUUGUAAUGGACAAAACAGUUAAUAUUAACUUGCAACAGCUUAAGGGAUUUGUAUGUCUGCAUGGAUGAAAGUGCAAUAGUUGAGAAGGGUAAGAGUCUGCUAGGAGUUACACUGUGUCAAGUGAAGUCUGUCUGAGUCAGUCUAGAAGACAAUAUGAAGGACUGAAUAGGAGCAGGAGGAGGGUUGUAUGGAUGCGAAGUCAUGGAGAAGAAAGAAACAAGGUUUGGAGAAGAACUUAAGAAAGGCAGUAGCUUAUUUGAGGACAGUUUCUGUGGUUCUUGGCAGCUUACAGCUGUUGCCAAGGCAAGUUAUGCAAUAAACUAUUCCACUACAUUGUAGUUUCAAGCAAAAAAAAGCACUUCACUGGAAUUUUAAUUGUACAUGAUUUUAUAUACCAAAAAUAUAUUUUGAAUUUCCCAUUAUAAGUUGUAGCCAUAUUUCUUGUAAUUUUCUCCUGUUAAACAGUAUGCAAUUGGAUUAAUUCUUCAUGUACAAGUUUUGUGUAUUAUUUAUAUAUCCAUUUCUGCAGUGCUGUAACUUGCUUUUACCACAGGUUUAGCAUUAACUGUAUAUAUUGUGGUGAAAAGUGAAAGGGUAUUAUUGUUGAAGAAUUUGCUACAUGAAUGUGAUUUCAAGAGCCUAUGAUACACUAAUUCAGAGAACAUGUAAAUGUGCACAAUAAAGUACUGCUAAGGCAUGGCUGCA